UUUUUUUACGUUUUUCUUUAAAAUGUCAUGUUUCGAUUAAAACGUCUGGAAAUACGAACAUACGAAAUACAAUUUUCACUUUGCCAUGUCGCUCAAGAGAUAACGUUGACUACAUUAAUUAUAGGCGGCUAUAAGAAUUAUCUCAGGAAUGCUUUGGGUAUUAAAGUAAAUAUGUACUCAACUUUUCUUAAUUUGUAUUUAUACCGAAGGGACAAAGCUCUCAAUUCAUACGGAAAAAAUAAAUUGCUCAUAUAAUGGAAUAUUGCUCCCUUAUAAAUAUGGGAACCACUUACUCUGUGGUUUACAGUCAGAUAAUUUCUAAAACAUUCCAUCAUUGCCUUUCAUUGUUUACACGCAACAUGUCUGCUUGUAUACGACCAUCAAAACACAUGUGGCAUUUGCUUUCAUCAUCAAACCACAAAAAACGUAUGGUUAAUUGUAACUUUUGCACAAAAUCGCGGGUGAAGAUGUAUAAGAAAUAAAUCGCAUGAAAAGUCGAAUAAAGUUGUAACAAGUAGUUUUUUGGCUAAGCAUCCAUUUGUAUAAAGUCAGUACUUUCAUUUUUAUUAUUUUUAUUUUUUGUUUAAAAAUAUAAAUAUUUCACUAUAUGCCUAUAUAGGACAGUUAUACAUUUAGUGUUUCUUAAGAAUGAAGCCUAGUUGUGUUUCCACAUUUCUAAACAAUUAGCAAACUAAUUUAAACGGCAAAAAUCAUGAUGAAUCGUUGCACACGUUUACAGGAGAUGUCAAAACAUUUGCUGAAAAUGAAAGUCAAUUUAAUUGUUAUAUCUUUUCAAGGCGGUGCAGAAGUUCUGUUUCGCUUGGAUUCUUGGUCUGGGAGGAGUUGGUCUACUCCAUAUUCAUACGGUGGGAGGCUACCUCGUGGACCCCGUUUAACUUCGCCAUAUAAAACGAGGCCUCGGGUUUCCCUAUGACAAGACAAAUUAACGGGCUUUGGAAACAUACUUUCGGGGUACAGUAUCGCUCUAUUUAAAUCUUCUUAACACCACGAAUAUUUAUGCUCCAACUUGGCAAGCUUUGGGAAAUCGACAGGCCUCAGCAGGAUGAUGGAAUACAUGACUGAGAAAUUCUCCAUGAAGAGUCAAGUCAUGAAGAGCGGUGAUUAUUACAUGGGAUCGAGCGGAGCGCUGGACCAGGUCAUGGAGAACUUGGAUAGCGUGCAGUACUACAGCAAUAAGAACUCGUCAAAGUGCGUGCAAUCCUUCAGUCUACAAAGCAGUGACCCUCACGCAAGACUGGAUCGAACGUCUCCAUGUGAUGACCAAAAUGCAAAUUAUGGUGUCCAAAAACCCGAGGAUGAUAGCCUGCAUACGGAUCUGGGAAGGCCAAUGGAGAAUUGUUGCAAUUUGAGAGCGUCCCCAGUAACGCCAGUGCAAGAGAAAACGGACUUGGACGACAUUGGCGAAAAGUGUGACAGCAACGUGAGCAGCAGUAAGAAGAGGCGACACAGAACGACCUUCACUAGCACACAACUAGAGGAGUUGGAGAAAGUUUUCCAGAAAACCCACUAUCCGGAUGUGUAUGUCAGAGAACAGCUGGCGAUGAGGACAGAACUCACAGAGGCGAGAGUUCAGGUAUGGUUUCAAAACAGAAGAGCCAAGUGGAGAAAACGAGAACGUUACGGGCAGAUCCAGCAAGCGAAAAGCCACUUUGCGGCCACGUAUGACAUAUCAGUACUACCCCGCACCGACAGCUAUUCACAGAUUCCUAACAAUUUGUGGGCGGGACCAAGCCCCGGCGGCUCCAUGGUGUCUUCCUGCAUGAUCCCGCGAGGCUCCCCCCCCUGCAUGACCUCAUAUCCUCACUCCCCCCGUGGAGAGCACAGCUAUGUGGGGUUCCCCAACCAGCAGAAUCAGUUUGGCCAUGUCUCCCUCAACAACUUCUUCACUGACUCCCUCCUCACCCCGCCCCCCAACGGGCACGCCUUUGAGACAAAGCCUGAAUUCGAGAGGCGCUCUUCGAGCAUCGCCGUCCUGCGGAUGAAGGCGAAAGAGCACACGGCCAACAUCUCCUGGACGAUGUGAACGAGGUGCGACGAAAAAUAACCCCAUUACGUUAACUGUUGAUUAAUUAUUGUGUUAAUAACAACAAAAACAACAACAACAACAACAUGGUACAGAGAGUGUCUUGUUAUAAUAAUAAUAAUAAUAAUAUAACAAUAAUAAUAAUAAUAAUAAUAAUAAUAAUAAUAUUUUACUUGUUCAAGUAAAUCAAAGCUCUGUAGGAAGACGUACCACAGUUAGGUAGAUUCCAUAUGCAGGUCACUGUAGACCAGCUGGCAAAACAAGCUCAGUCAAACCUGGAAGGACUUCGAACCUAACCCUAAGAGUAUUGAAUAAGUGAUGGCUGUUUUCUUCUUGUUUUUGGCACCUGCCGAAUGUCUUGGUCAGAGUGAAGGAGAAUAUGUAUUGCGGUUUGAGUGAAUCUUGGCUCUAAGGAAUAAAACUCACUGUGGUCAGUCUAAAUGGAGGCCGUAAGAUUUUGUUGCACAAACAAUGGCAUCGAUCAUGUUUUUUUGCAACUUCAGUGUUUAUGGGGGAAUAAACCUCAGCUAAAACAUUCACUAUGCAAUUCUAAAAACAACUUAUAAUUAAAAAAACAGUCAACACUCUGUCUGCAUGAUAGCCUUUCCUGGUAUGUGGAGUCACAUAUAUUUGUGCAGACUAUUGCAGAUAAUUUUAUUUUUUCUAUACCAGUUGUAUUCUCAGUCCAAGCUCAGGAAUUCAUCUCUGAGAUAAAUUGAAUUGACAUACUAACAUAUGUCUGUGUGCUUUGCAGCAAAGCUGUGUAUUUCAUGAACUGUGUCAACUUAGUGUUGCCGCACAAACUAGAUGCAGUUAUUCUUUUUUGUAAUAUAUGUUUUUUAAGCCUAUACAAUUAAAAUACAAAAAGAAGGAA